GCCUCCGCCGCAGCUAUGGACACGGACCGCUCCCUCGUACAGCGCGAGUCCGCUCCCCUGUGCGCGCCCGCCUCCGCCUCCGCUCCCGCGUGCGCGCCUGCGCCCGCGCCCUUCCCCGCCUCACCGUCGCACCUCCGCCGCACGCUGCAUUCGCUGCGCUCGCCGUUCCGCUCCGGCUCGCCCUUCCACAUCGCUUCGAUCAAACGCUCGGGCUCCACUAAAUCCUCCGCCUCAGACGGCGAUAUCGCGCGCAACGAACGCACGAUGCGUAAGAAAAUAAAAAAACAACGCGCCGACGCGUCCAGCGACGCCUCGCGUAGCACCGACAGCUCGCCGAGUAUCGACAAAAAGAAAAAGGAGGGCGGUUUCAUGCGGCGGAUGGGCACUAUCGGUAAGAAACGAGCGGAGGAAUCUUCUCCGACGCCACCUCGAGAAGACUCCUCGCCCUCUACAUCCCAAAUAGAUGAAUCUCCAUCGUCUCUCCCGCCGCAAUUUAUAGACGUGUCUUCCUCGUCGUCCCAGGCGGAUAACUUUUCUCCGGCGGAAAUAGAAGAUAAAAUUACGACGCCCCCGCAAUUGCAAGAAUCGACACCCCCGCCACCUCCGUCACCGCCACUGCAGCAAUUAGAAGAACCGAAAACCUCUAUUGAGGAACAAAAUACAACACAUUCCGAUGAAAAAAAUAAAAAUAACUCUCCGCUUAGUAAAACUGCAACAGAACCCAUUCCCCUAACGCCAUCGCCGGAGCCUUUACUCAGUCCGAUCGCUGUGGAACAUGCGGUUGCGACACGGCCGUUCACCAAGGAAGCUUGGAAACGUAAAACGAAACCACUUGAAAUACCAAAACCGGUGGAGGAACCAAGUCCGGGCAACGCGUUAAAGCGGCGUAUAGCGUUCGUAACGCCGGGCUCCGUGGGCGUCUCCGAGGACCACGACGACGACGACGACGACGACGAUGACGACGAAGAGGAGGUGAAGGUCAAAGUGGGGGGAGGGGAGGAGGUGGGGACGCUGGAAGAGGCGGUGGCGAUGGCGCGCGCGCGCCUGGCCGCCGCCGCGCCCUCACCCUCGCCGCCGCGCACGCCACGCUCGCCGCGCUCACCGCCGCAGUCGCGCGACAACGACGAUACCGAAGAGGAGGGGUCCGCGGACACGAUGCCGGCGUACGGAGACCUCAUCGAGCCGGAGAACAAGGCGGGCAAUGGCGCGGGACCGUCGCACGCGACCCCUAGUGCCGAGAGGCGGGAGCAUUUGUACAAGAUCUUGGUGAUAGGCGAACUGGGUACCGGGAAGACGUCCAUUAUCAAGCGCUACGUGCACCAGUUUUUCAGUCAGCACUACCGCGCAACAAUCGGCGUUGAUUUCGCCCUGAAAGUUCUCAAUUGGGACUCGAAUACAAUCAUACGCUUGCAGCUAUGGGAUAUUGCAGGUCAAGAGCGUUUCGGCAACAUGACGCGUGUGUACUACAAGGAGGCUGUGGGCGCGUUUAUCGUAUUUGACGUGUCGCGGGUAGCCACAUUCGAUGCUGUGGUCAAGUGGAAGAACGACUUGGAUACCAAGGUGCAACUGCCCGAUGGCACGCCCAUACCUUGUAUACUCCUGGCUAACAAGUGUGAUCAGCAAAAAGAAGGUAUCGUGAAUUCUUCAGCCAAGAUGGAGGAGUAUUGCCGCGAGAAAGGCUUCGCGGGUUGGUUUGAGACCUCCGCUAAAGAGAACAUAAACAUCGAAGAGGCUGCACGCUCCUUAGUUAAUAAGAUCCUUUUAAACGACAAGCUACUACACAAUAAUGACAAGGACGGCGAAAGAUUCGCACUCGAUCACAAGAUUGCUAACGGCGAGAACAGUAGAAGCGGCGGCGGUGGCGGCAAGUCGUGUGCCUGCUGACCCAAUCGCUAGCCGCCCCCAUGCUGCAGUCUGCAACUGACCAAUCAAAACUCUGCAAAA